AGUCUCUGUGAUGCCGAAGAAUGUAAACCUGUACAGCAGCUUUAAACACGCGGCUCACGUGCCGUCUUUUCACUGUGACGUGAUGUCAGACUACAGGUUCAGAAACUGGUUUGUGUUCCCCUCAGCCGUUUUCGCGUCUUACGCAGUUGCCACGUGCUCAUAAAUGACUGAUCUCAUCCCAGUGAAGCCUUCAAAACCAUACUGAGGAUCAAUCAUGGAGAGUUUCAUCUUGUUCAGAGGAACGAAACGGGUGACUGUAAAGGAAGACGACAUGACGACCGAAAAAAUCGGCAGGAUCUUCCAGAUCUGUUGUAAGUGGGACAUUGCAGUGCCGGAGAGUCAGUAUGAAGGGCCUCUGCUGCAGGUGGAGCUUCUCCCUGGGAUUCAUGGUGGGGGCCUGCAGCUUCUACUUCUUCCUGUACAACGUGUGGUUUGAGAGGAGCUACCCUAUGCUGUCAGAGGCUCAAGAAAAAGCCAUAACAGAGAAGAAGAGACCAACGAACAGAAAGGAAGAGGGUGCUGCUCUCUUGAACCUACUCCACCCUCAACAUGCAGAUGAAGACAACAGGGUGGCGGAUGAGUUGUACAGGAAGGUACGUAUUCUUUGUUGGGUGAUGACGGGGCCGUAUAAUCUACAGAGCAAGGCCCGCCAUGUCAAGGCCACCUGGAGUCGCCACUGCAACAUGGUGGUGUUCAUGAGCUCUGUGAAGGAUCCAGACUUUCCCACCGUGGGACUGGGCACUAAGGAAGGCCGUGACCAGCUCUACUGGAAGACCAUCCGAGCCUUCCAUUAUGUAUACGAGCACCAUGCGGAUGAAGCGGACUGGUUCUUGAAAGCGGACGACGACACCUACGUGGUGGUGGACAACCUCCGCUGGUUUCUGUCCAACUACACCCCUGAGCUGCCCAUCUAUUUUGGCAAACGCUUCAAGCCUUACGCCAAGCAAGGCUACAUGAGUGGAGGGGCAGGUUAUGUACUUAGUAAAGAGGCCCUCAAGAGGUUUGUGGAAGGUUUUCGGAUCAAAGUUUGCACACAUACCACCCCCAUAGAGGACCUAGCACUGGGGCAGUGUUUGGAAAAGAUGGGCGUACUGGCUGGUGACUCUAGAGAUACUUUACAUCGGGAAACUUUCCAUCCAUUUGUUCCAGAGCACCAUCUAACUGGCAAGUUCUCCAAGAGCUUGUGGUACUGGAAUUAUUGUUACUACCCGAUUGUUGAGGGUCCACAGUGCUGCUCUGACCUGGCGGUAUCGUUCCAUCAAGUGAAACCAGACCUUAUGUACACACUGGAGUAUUACACCUACCACCUGAGAGCGUACGGCUAUAGGCCACGGUAUCAGCCUUCCCUACGCCAUGGUCUUGGCAUCAGCACUCUGCCACCGUCUGCUGUGACUUAAAGGAGCUCAUCUGGUGACAGAUGAAAGGACUCGGGCAACGGUAGCUACUUCCAUUGUUGACAAUGAAACCAAAGUAGUGACCUCACUGAGAACAGGACUGUCGUCACACAUGACAACAGACACCGACUGGGUUUAAUGUGUACACUGUCUGAAUCUUCUUUUUACUCACAGUAACGUUUGGGAUAGAAAUUAUUAUGGUAAUCACAACUGUGACAGACAUGUUAUUACCCUGUGAUGGCGAAAUGUUCCUUCUGACCGAUCCUGUCGCUGCAUGACACUGAGCACUGCAGGGACAGCUGCAAAUAACUUAAAAGAUAAACGCUUUGUUUAGCUGAAUUAGUCCUGACGUAUUCAGUGUUUGAAUUGGAUUAUGUUACAGUUACAGAUGUGUUUUCAGAUUGACACAGGAAGACCGUUACUGUGUUUUUGUUCAUUUUUUUUUUAUCACAUACGCAGCAACGUAUUUGGUUAUUUUUACAUUUUGGUUUUCCUGCUGCUAAAUGUGGCACUCUCUUGCUGUCCAGACAUUUCAGUUAAAUGAAAAAAAAAAUCCAGUACAUUUCUUUUUGCUUAUUUAAUUAAAUUAACUUUAUUUAUAUUAUAUUUAUUUGUGUUUUUGUUUGUAUAUUACCUUUUUAAUUCCUCUACAGCCAGCCAUGACGACUGUGUUGUUUUUCUUUUUUGACCCCUGAAGUGUGCACUUGAAACACUAUGUGCUUCUGUUUGAGAACACUGUAGCAUCUGAUAAACGCAACACUGUACAAAACUCCAGUGAAUUGUUCUGGUCCAGUCCUAUACAACAGUGAACACUCGAACGGGUGGUAUUGUACACUACAUGACUGUCUGCACUAGAGCCACACAUAAAUAAAUAACUCAAACAGUU